AUGGAGUCAGCGUGCAAGAAGACGGCGUCGGUUUGCACAUCGGAGACGGCGAGGGGGACGCACGUCUUCGCCAUCGAAGGCUACAGCCUCAAGAACGGCAUGGGCGUCGGCAAGUUCCUUCAAUCCACCACCUUCACCGUCGGUGGCUACGACUGGGCCAUCCGCGUCUACCCCGACGGAACCGUCCAGCAUAGCGAAGAUUCCGUGGUCAUCUAUAUCAUGCUCUCGAUCGCCCUUCGGGUUUGCUGGCCCGCCCGGCCCACGGAUGAACCGCCACUGUUCAAGGCAUCUUCCUGUCGGCAUGGAAUCCGAGUGCACAAGUCUAAACUGCAAAAUUCGACCUGCAUUCAGGAUGAUCGCCUCUUGGUUACAUGUGACCUUUUGGUCAUCAAAGAAUCGAAGGUGUAUGAAACCAGGGAGUCAUCUGAAAUCGAGGUGCCGCCGUCCAAUAUCACAGAGCAUCUAGGCAAGCUAUUGGAAGCAAAGGAGGAAGCAGAUGUCACUUUCCGUGUUGGAGAGGAGACCUUCCAGGCACACAAGAUUCUGCUUGCUGUACGUUCACCCGUCUUCAGAGCAGAGCUCUGCGGGCCGAUGAGGGAGACGAGCACCCGGUGUGUGACAAUCCAAGACAUGCAGCCUGCCGUUUUCAGAGCUCUCCUGCAUUUCAUCUACACCGAUUCAUUGCCUGACGACAUGGAUGCUCUUGAAGAAGGUGAUAAAAGGGAAAUGGUCUGUCAUUUACUUGUGGCUGCAGAUAGGUAUGAUGUGGACAGGCUCAAGUUGAUCUGUCAAAACAUCCUUGGCAAGAAUCUUGAUGUGGAGACCGUGGCAACUACAUUGGCUUUAGCUGAUCAGCAUCACUGCGACCGGCUCAAGGACGCUUGCAUUGGAUUUAUCGCCUCUUCAGAGAAGAUGGAUGAUGUGGUGGCGACCGAAGGUUUGGCAAAUAUCAAAAGAUCUUGUCCUUCUGUCGUGAUAGAUGCUUUAGAAAAGAGGAGGAAGUAUGCUGAAGCAUAGAUGAGCAGCUCUUUCGUAAGCUUAGUAUGUUGAUUAGGUAGUUUACUUCUUAGACUCAUUAUAGUAACUUCUAACUUGCUAGUUUUUCUAACUUGAAUUUGUUGCCUGUGGGUGUUAAGUCUAGUUUUCUUUGUUAUCUGCACCUGCUGUCAAACUUUUGGGUGUUCAAGUAGUAUAAUAUCAAUGUGUCUCAUAUAUUGCAAUGAAUCAAUGCCAGAUAAACAAGAGCAUGUCGUUGAGAGAA